GCAGUCACCUAUUUCCAGUCUUAGAAUAUAUCAACAUACGUGUUACAAGUAAAACCGAUUCAUGAACUAUUGCUGACGGCUGUUAGUGUUUUAAAGAUAUCAUAUCGUAGUGACUGUCUAGCAACUUUUCCCCGACUAUCAAGGAAACAAUUUAACUGAUUAGAGCAUACUAAAUACAACAUCUAAGUAUUGGUUGGAAAUCAGUCUCGUCGAGAUAGUACCUGAUGGAUAGUUCUGUCGCCUACUUUCCUGACAUUAUCAUAAAUUACAUAGGUGCGUAUUAGACAUAUGCACAAUGAUUGUCAGAAUAUCAUUGCAUGCGGCUGUGUGGUGCCUCAGUGUAUUUGGGGCGUGUGGAGCGCAGAAAAUUUUGAAUUUUGAAAUCGGCUGGAAGACACUCAUACUCUCAUCUAACGCGGAUUUGGCUCAAUUGCCGGUAGGAAUGGCGAAGGCAUACGGGGCGAAUUAUGAUUUGAUAUCUGUCGACGCGCAAGGUGGAUUGCAAAUCCAACUUAUCGACCCUGUCACAUUAAAGCCAAAGUACAACUCAAUUGUUCAGACAUCUGCGACUGCCAAUGGUUUGGGGGCUAAGCGAGCUAUUUUAGACGACUAUUGUGCAAAGUAUAAUGUGAGGAGGGUGAUGCUCAACUCAGGACCCAUCGAUGUAGCCGAUGCAGCAAUCUACGGACUCUCAGGGCGAUUGAGCACGUCGGCAACGACGGUGCAAUAUCUGUACGACACUGCUGUACAGGGUGUAAGUAAUGUUGUACGUUCGGGAGUGCCAAUUAAAGUAGGUAUGGAAACCGAGUUUGCUUCCAGUACAUUCUGGAUCAACCCGGCAUAUAUCAACACUGCCUUGAAUAAGGACCAACAUAUUCAACCGUUGCUCAAUUUGAACUUUGUGGUGACCAGCUCGGAUGCACAAUACGUGACGGACCCCGUUGGCACUAUAACGACCGCUUUGGGGGGGAUAAUCCAUCGCACUCCCAGUACUGGCGUAGAGGUGAUGUACUUUUUUAUCACUGCAAACGCUAACGGAUUGCACGGGCCCACACUCGCGCACUCUUGGUUCCCCUGGGUUACAAAAGGCCUGUUCAUGGGUCAAAGGAGGUUAGUGCUGGACACACAAAUCGACGACUUCUACCUUGAUAGCAAACUGUACAACACCGGACAACGGUAUCGCACCACGGCAACAGACUAUGCAUAUCACGUGACGGAACAGUAUAAGCUAAAUGCCGCAAGUGCUCCUGGAUCUAACUUCACGAUACAGAUGGCUUUCAAUGGCAAAGGAUACGACAGUCUCGCAAACAUCUAUGUGCCUGAUGUCAAUCCGCAGAGCGUAGCUCAAUUUGACAAGUUUCUUUGGCUCACACACACGUGGAAUCACAUCGACAUGUACUGUAUUCAGUCGACUUGUGCACCGAAAAGCACCUACAUCGAUCCACAACUGAAAGCUUGUCACGAUUGGCGUGCAUCUGCUUGUCCUUAUACCGAGCCAGUGUACCCGUCUACGGGUUAUACCCCUUACGAGUACCAGAUGUAUGAGCUUACAAGAAACAUGCGCUUUGCUUCCACGGUGCUGAAGACCUCUGCUCAUCCAAAAGUUUGGUCUCCGUACUCCAUUGUGACCCCAAGAAUAUCAGGACUUAAUUACACCGAAUCGAUUAGGGCCAUGCUUGCAGCUGGACUUCGAUUUGCGGUAGGCGAUAAUUCACGCGCAGACUUGAGGCCUGUAAAUCCUUGGCACCCCUUCGUUGCAACUGCUAAGGUCGGAGCAACUGGCAACCUCCUCACAGACAUCCAAAAGGCAAAUUUCGAAACUGAGAUGGAGCGGUUGUACGGUGCCAAGUCUAUGGUGGUGAUACCAAGAUUCGCCACUGAGAUUUACUUUGAUACGGCUACCCAGCAACAACUGCAGAGUGAAUUCAAUAGUUACUACGGACCAAAAUGCUACGGCUAUGAUCAGAGCGCGUCAGCAACGGAUGGUGGCUACAAAUGCAACGUGAAUUCAUUCAAGUUUCCACGCGAUCUGACGGCUACCGAGAUUAUUGGGAUGGAGGGCUUCCGCACUGCGAGAAACUUACUUAACAUGAGAGUCGACCCUUACAUGUUUCACCAGGCCAACCUGGCAGUGGUCGAUGGUGUCAGCCUCCUCAGUCUAUGGCUGCGAGUGGUUCAAAAGUGGCUAAACCUGUACGUAACCUUCCCCAUCAUCACAUACAAAAUGGACGAUCUCGCCCUGUAUUUCCUGAGGCGCAAGUUCAGAGAUGAGUGUGGGUUGACGGCGUCGGUCAAAUACGCAGGUGGAUUGCCUACCAGUAUGAGUGUGACCUCACAGGGAAGAUGUACUGCCGUCUUGACGCACACCAAGACGGUGGACUCUGAAUUAACCGCACCACGCAUGGUUGGGACAAAGUAUGGUGAGCACGACACCAAUUAUUACUUGCCUUUGGUUACUCCCGGUAAGUCCACAGUGGUUAAAUUGGGGGUGGCGGGGUGCAGCACAUGCCAACUCCAACCACAGAGACCCAAAAUGUACAUCUGGGAUUGGGAUGAUAUGGACGCCAUAAAAAAGGCCUACAAGGAUAGUGCAACGGGCCCAGUCUUUGCAGAUACACUCAGUUUCUUACUACGAGAGUUGGUCAGAUGGGGAGUGAUGGAUGGGAAGAAGUUCUCGGUCACACAGCAGACCCUCUUGCCUGGAUCUGGUGAUCGCAAAGACUAUUUUACUAUAGGAUAUUACGCGUGGCCUUGUCAGGAAGCCCUGAAGUUGUAUGGUUGGGGCGACGCAGUAGGACAAUGCGAUCCCCCACCCAAUAACCUCUGCGUUGCUGACGCGCACUGGGGUAGUGUACCCUAUAUCGUUUGUGAUGGGAUCCCGAACAGGGCGGCUUUCGACGGAACAUCGAAGGAUCAUAUGCAGCAGAUGACAAGAUCCGUAACGUCACUAGCCCUGCUAUGGUUUUACAGUGAUGAUGACAAGUAUGCCCAGAUUGCUGCCGAUCUGCUGCGGUACUUCUUCCUGGAGGCCACGACAGCGAUGAAUCCGAAUCUGCAAUGGGCACAGUACCGCCCGGGAAUGCCCUUUGUUGGCUUUGGAAUCGUUGAGAUGGGCCCUUGGUCUGAAAUGCUGGACGCAGUUGCGAUCAUCAGGACGUCUAAUUACUGGUCUGAAGCGGAGCAUAGACAGUUGAUGGAUUGGAUGACUAACUUACUUCAGUGGUUAGAAACUAGCGACAACGGAAAGCUGGCAAGGUACCAUCAGAAUAACCAUGCGACAUGGUUCCACAACACGGCUAUUGGCAUCGCACAACACGCCAAAGAGUAUCACAGCUACGCCGCGAGUUUUGGACUACAGUUGCUCGCAGCUGUUCCUGCAAUCAUCAGAUCGCAGAUUGACAACACUGGCUUGCUGCACGAGGAGGUCACGAGGAGUAAGAGUAUUCACUACCUUUGCUAUACCUUGACGCCAUUCCUACGAAUCCGAAGUAUGGCGGAAAAGUCUUCGAAUGGUAAUUACUUUGCCGGUAUUUCCGAUUUGCUUCUGCAAGAGGCAAUCAAGUGGACUUACCCCUAUAUGCAACGGAGGGUGGCGUACCCAUACAGAGACAUAGAUUUGGAAUCCGGUUACUACAGUGAUGUGUGGCACAGGUGUAUGGAACCGGUGGCGCUCACCACCAGAAUCUAUCCCAGCCUCAAGACUAAUAACGAUAUGGGUAUUAGGAUACAAAGGGACGAAGCUUAUUGUGUUAAUCCUCGCACAUUCGGUCAUCCCACGCCCACGUGGGACUUUAACACACUCGCUCUAUUCGGUGAUAUCUCAUGCUUAUAAUCUACCGAUAGCAUGCGGAUGGUAGAUCGAAUACACAGUGACACCAUCUUGCAACCUCGACACGAUUCGAAGUGCGUAAUCGAUUUGAUAUUUCUUUAACAGACAAACAACAGUCUGAAACAUAAAGUCUUGCACACCACUCUCAAAUUGAUACAAGCAUCUUCAAGGUAUUUGGUUGUUCAAUGACUACACUGGCAGCCCAUAGUAUAUCGCUACGACAGUUACGUUCGCUAUGUUUGUUUUCAUCGCUAUGAAAGUUAUAGUCGUGGACAGACUCGGGUUACAAAAUGACAAACUUGAAUUAUCGUAUCGACAUUGUUUAGUUCGUAUGUAUAUCUGCACAUCUGAAUACCUGAAGUAAAUACAUUUUUGAGUGAAUAAAAUAGACACCACGUCGCCACCUGUACGUGAUUCCAAUGAU